AUGUCUAGUGGACCACAAGUAUCUUCCACUGCUGUUGGUGUUUCAAACGAAGACUUGCAUGUAAUUGUUGAUGAAGGAGGAUCAAAUGAAUUGGAGAACGUGUCAAUGGAGGUUAAUGAAGAUCCUUGUGAAACCCCCCUUAACACCACAAAUAAAGAAGAUGAGAAUGAUAAUAAUCCUUUUCAUAACUCUAAAAGACCAAGAAGAUCAAAAGUAUGUGAUGAAUUUUUUGAUCCUGAAAUGAUAAAAAAUCAAUGGAAAGUAAGGUGCAAGUAUUGUAAAACUCCUCUUUCUGUUUUGAAAUCUAAGAGCACUACCCAUAUGCACCGACAUUUAGAAUCUUGUGUUAUGAAAGCAAAACACAUGAGACAACAAAAGUUGAUUAAUUUUUUGCCAUCUGAUUCAAGCACUGGUACAAAUCAAUCUGGAUUUGUUAGUGCUUUACAUAAUGGUAAACUUGAUAUGUUAAAGAUGCGAGAGGGGAUAGCCCAUUGGAUCACUAUGCAUGAGCAUUCUUUCAGUAUUGUUGAGGAGGAAGGAUUUAAUUUGAUGAUGAAAAGGGGAAUACCUGAAUGGAACCGUGUAUCCCGAGUUACUAUUAAAGCAGACGCUUUCAAAGUUUAUGAGUUGGAGAAGAAAAAGCUAAAAGAUUUGUUCAAGAAAGUAGAACGAGUAAGUUUGACUACAGAUUUGUGGAAGUCAAAGCCACAAAAAAUUGAAUAUAUGGUGAUUACCGCUCAUUUUGUGGAUCUUGAAUGGAAGCUUCAAAAGAGGGUGAUUAAUUUUGUUCAUUUGCCUCCUCCACGUAAAGGUGCAAAUAUAGCUGAUUGCAUCUUAACAUGCCUAAGGGAGUGGGAAAUUGAGGACAAAGUCUCAUGA